AUGGAUAUGAGUAUGGCUGUGGUCACGUCCGUAGCCUCGUCCACUGUGACAACUGUAGCUCAUGCAACCACCACUGUGGUAGAUACUGCUGUUACGACGUCGACGGGUAUGGGAAUGGGAGGUUCAAGUGGCUGCAAACUCUCUAUGCUCCUCAACUGGCAUACAAUAGAUGCAUGUUUCCUCUCGUCGGUAUUCCACAUUCGCUCCUCCUUCACCUUCUUUCUCGCCUGUCUUGGCGCCCUUCUACUCGUCAUUUCCCUCGAAUUCCUGCGCCGUAUCCAGAGACAAUUUGAUCAGUAUCUACGCAAGAGAAACGAAUCUCUUCAGAAGAAGGCAUACGUGUUACCCGAGGAAUUUGAAGAGAAGCUCCUGGACAAAGCGACCGAUGUGGAGCAAACGAAGCAGAAGAUCUCGGUUGUUGUGCUGGAGCAGUUGUUGAGAGGCUUGAUUCAUGUUGCUCAGUUCUCUGUUAGUUACUGUAUAAUGCUUAUAUUCAUGUAUAACAAUGGGUACAUUAUAAUAUCCAUUCUGAUUGGCGCAUUGGCUGGAUUUGCUCUUUUUACCAGGGAUACUUUGUCCACCGGAGACGCCAAAAAGCUUGACGACAUGGAGAAGACUUGCUGUUAG